GAUUCAUUUACAUUUAUAGCUAUUCUAUGCCGUGCUUUGUUCUUUAUGGCCUCUUUUAGAUAUUUCUUAUUUAGUAUCAUAAUGAUAUAAAAUCUUGCUGGAGUCAUAAAUGACUUCUACUUUCCCAUGCGAGAGUUAAUUUUAUACUUAAGAAAAUGUAUUUCGCGUACAAAUAGUCUGUUCAUUUUAGCAGAACUGGCCGCACUAGUUGAAGAAAUUUAUGCGUGCUAAAGCGUGAGAAUCUCGCACGCUUCAAUGUGUACGUAAAUUUCUUGAACUAGCGCAGCCGGUUCAUCUAAAAAGAAUGGACCAAAGUUGCGUGUGACGAUAUUACAUUAUUAAUGAAUGUUACAUUAACGCUAACGCGAUUGGUACGAUCGGUGGUCGAUUCAGUUCAGACCCAAAUUUCGGCUCUAACGCCACGUCAACAAAACUUGGAAUCGGCUCGAUCCGAGAGAGAGAGAGGAUUCGAUAUAAAACAGCUGAGACCGAAUCCCGGCUCGGUGGUGAAAUCCGACGGCUAUCAAAAGGCCGUUACGACAAACGCGUGUGCAUUCGCAUCAAUCUGCGGAGCGUGAAGUCGACUUUCGCCUUCGGGGAGAUUCAGGAAGAACACUGUUAGCUCGCCGCGGGCGAGCGGUUGCUUUUCGGACACAAGAACUUGACCCAGAAUUCCGGAAAUGAACGCGCGAGGGGAUUCAUUGCCGUUGCAGCCGCGACGACAUCGUCGUCGUCGUCGUCGUUGUCGUUGUUGUCGGAGAAGCGGACUUUCUCUCUCUCUCUAUCCGGAGAAACGCGCGCUUCUCACCGCCGCCGCACGCUCAUCCACGUGAGAGGAUCGCGUGUUACUCUCGUUCGCCGAGAUUUCAUCGCCCGCAUAGCGAGAUCCACGCGCUAUGUACGCUCUAUCGACCGGGCCGUGUGGCCCGGUUGUUGCGUGAUCGACGGUUCUUCCUCUUAGGACUAAUUAAUUCCAGCAAACUGUGCCGAGCUAAUAACGCCUGAUCGCUCGUCGCUAUCGGCAGAACGAAUACGGCAUGCGUUUCUCUGCGCGCGCGGUCCGCCACUGUUAAAUCUAGAUUAGACAAGUUGCAAUUUGGAACGGCGAGAUUAGUAUUGCGACAAUUUCGUUACGCGAGACUCUCCAGGUAGACAGCUCUGUGUGCGAUAAUGAGUUUCUUCAAAGGCGAGAUUAAAGUUGGGAGUUUAAAAUAUGAAGUUAUAACGGCUUACGAAAAUGUACGUUUUUUUCUAUUUUGGCUUCGUUUACGAUUCGAGUAACGGUUCGAUGAAACCGCGAGAUUUCGGUCUUGAGACGUUUCUCAAUUCAGACAACGAAGUAGCAAGAAAGGCUGCGUUCGUAUAUUCACUGCCAGUACUGAACAAAAUCUACAGUUCAUGUUACGUGCGUGUGGUCAGUCAGGAAAAGGUUGCGACACUUUAUUUCCGAUAAAUUUUGCAACGUAUCUCCUAAGAAUGACUAAUUGCUAAAAAAAAAAAAAAAAACAAAUUCUCCUAUUGGAUACGGGAUGUAGUCCGAAACUUAUAAAAAAGAAAAGUGUUGCGACCUUUUUGAGACUGACUAUAUAUUAUGGACCAUUCGGGACAUGUGAAAUGUGUUAAAUUGAACACAAAUAUUUUCACUGUUCAUGCAAAAUUGCAAUUUCAUAAAAAAAACCGUGCUGUUCGCGUUAUUCCUAUUUUCUUUACACAGAAUAAAAAACUUUGUAUUAAAAACGGUCCAUUGAAAUUUUUAUGUCAUCUUAACAAGGCGAAUACGUUAAAAAGUAAUAUGCUAAUAAGUAUAUUAACACGUUCGCUACCACCGGCGAAUAUAUGCGGCGUCCCGAUUCCUGUAUUUGAGCCCACCGCCACCAUAUGUGCGGUGCGUGUUCUUUAUCAGUUCGUGAUAACGUAUUACAAUAAAUUUGAAAAUGAACAGUAUUGUUGAGCUUAAAAAGCAAUAAAAUAGAUAUAGAAUGUCCUUGGUCUAGAGAUAAUUACAUUUUUAUGUUAGAAAUAUAUCCUAAAAAGACCCAUGUCGUUUGGGAACACAUUCCAGCAAAAUCACUCUAAGUUGCGGUGCAAGAUUUUUUUCUCAGACUCUCGUAGCGAACGUGUUAAUUUAUUUCUGUACUUUUCAACAUAUUCUCCAUGUUAACGUGACGCAAAAAUUUCGUUUUCAACACAAAAUGUUUUACCGUGCAGAACAGCAACUGAAAUAAACGCGAAUACAGUAAUUACACGGAAACGGUAGGCGGUUCUAGACCUCCGAGCGGACUCCGCUUUUAGAAGCGUCGCGCAAUCGAUGGUAUUAUUAUUAAUGUAAAACGCCACGGUAGUACACGCUAUCGUUACGAACUCCGCUCACAUCCCCCGGCAUUCCUGAGUCGGUCGAUAUGUUCGGUGAGGAUUAUUUCCGAUCGCGCGAGGAGUCCUCUCGCGAAUUUAUUGCGAUCCCAUGAAAGUCCGGGCUCGUGUGAAAGUACGAGGACGAGAGACGACGGCGGCGGCGUCGUCUCUCAUUUGCAAAGCUGCUGAUUUGACGAGUUCCCCGACUCGGCGAGCGAGAUACCAGAAGCGAGGGAUAUCGUCGAGAGCGGCCUUCUCUCGGUGUUUUCGCCCGGCCGUUUUCCUCGACUACGCGCGAUCUGCUACGCCGCGCUUGUCGUGGCCUCGCAUCUGCAUGUGCGUGUGUAUGUGUGUGUGUAGGUGCACAUGUAUGUGUCGUCGCAUGCUGUGAGAGCGAUCACGCGUGUCUUUUCGCGGCGGUAGCCGAUCGCCGCGCUCAGCAAUGUAAUAGCCGUAACCGUAUGACGAUUAACGGCGAUCAGGCACCGGUAACAACGUGAUUCUCGCGUGGCGCGCGCUCUAUUUUUAGCAUGUAUCGUUUUCCCCCUCCCCACGCCUCUCCUUACCGCUUUUUGCGCCGAGAGAAAAUUCAAGAACACGAACGUGGUGGUUUCUGCCUCUCGCGCGCUUUUCCCCUCGGUCUUUCUCUUUCUCUCUUUCUCGCGUGACGGCGCGAGAGUGCCGUUUUUUUCUUCACGUGUAUAAUUUAUGGAAAUUCGUCAGGAAGAACGCGAUCUUCGUGAUUCUGUGCGCAGCGGUGAUCUACGUGCAUCUGCUCGACUCGGCGGACGAGGAGGUGAAGUGUCACGGGCGAGGAGUGCGGUGCCGUGAGGACGAGGAGGUAUCGAGGUUCCUGAUCGCGCUGCAACUAUGCGGAAGGCGGUCUUCGUGCUCGCGCUGAUUGCAUUCGCGUGUGACUUCUUCUCGCGCGGCGUUCUGGUCCACGGCGAUCCCGCCGGAAAGCCGGAAGCUGCGAGACGAAGCGAUGGUUAUGAGCAUCAGAAGGGUCCAUCGCGCGGCCAGUUCGACGACGCUGAAGUGCCGCGAAGAGCCGCGGAGGAUCGCGAACGAGGAUCGAGCGAGCCCGUGGGGAAGUGGAGGAACAACGGCGAGGCACUCGAGCCGAAGUGGCGCGAUGGAGAUUCCGUGCCUCUGCUGCCCUUCUCUCACUACCGGUCGUACUCGAGGGACGACGAGGUCGACGACGUCGAGCAGGAGGACUCGCCCGAGGCGGCUCGCCGACCGCUCAAGUAUCGCUAUGUCAACCAGAACCGUCCCCGAGGGAGGCGACUUCCGUUCCCGGACGAGUACGAGCCGGCGUACCGCGAUGACCCUGACGAGGACUACCCGCGCAAGAGGCGUCGCCCGCUGAAGAACCCGGUGCGCGAGCCGGCGCUUCUCUACGAGGAGACGGUCGGGAACGCGGCGAGCCACGACAAGAAACACGGCCGCAACGCCGUCGUCGACUUGUCCAAGGACGACGAGAAGGAAGCCACCUCGGCGAGGUACCGCGAGGCUUUCCAGGCUCGUCCGGACGAGCAUGAAUUCAGCGACGAGGAGUACCUGAGGCCUCGGCCGAGGAAGAGGCGGCCGCCGCAGAACUACGAGUUCGCAUUGGCGAACGAGGCGAGCCCCGAGGUAGACGUGGAGUCCACUGCGCGACCUCCGUCGCAGUCGAAGGACGCUGAAGAUCAGCCAGUCACGCGGUCACCGGACAACGCGCUCGAGCUGAAGUCGCUGCUGAAGAUGCAGCAGGAGGAGGGCUCGAGCCUGUCGGAGAUUCUACAGCGCAGGAAUCUGACUCUGAACGACCUGUUGAAGGGGAAGGCCGAUGUGAUCAACGCCCUGAAGUCGCGAAUCGCCGACGAGUCCGACGAGUACAUCGAGGAGAUGUCGAGGGUGAUGUCCAACUCGCUGAUGAAACUCGCCGCCACGCCAGCCUGGAAGUCCACGCAGGCGUCCGACGCUACCACGACGAAGUCUGCAACUUCAAGCACCCCGAAUGACUCCAGAGUAACGCUCAUCCCGGACAAGUUCUCGAUGAAGAGCCACGACGAGGCGUCUUCGAACGACACGAGUCGCGUGCCCGAGGAGGAAUCGCAGAGCGCUGAGACGAUAAGCCGGUCCGCGCAGGACUCCUCGUGGCCGAAGGUGACCACUCCCCCGAGCAUCUCGAUCACCACGUCGACGUCGUUGCCCACGGUCAACUCCAUGGAAUACUUCCUGAACGACGACGGGAACGCGGGUUCAACGAGCGACCGCGGCGCCAGGCUGGAGAACCUCGACGAGGACGAGAUCAUGGAGUUCUCGGACUUCACGGACUUCAAGAAGGCGAAGAGCCCGAUGACGCCGGACUGGUCGAGCGAGAAAGCCGAGAAGCCGCCGGCAAGGGAACCCGGGGAAGCGCGCGAUGUCGAAUCCACCUUGAGCAUCGAGCAGAUUCUCAACCCCACGGAGCGCAUCGAAUUGACGAAAGACUGCGGCGACCAAGACGUCGACGAAGACAUCGAGGAUGCUAACGACAAGGACGCGAGUCGGGACAACGUCCAGUCGAUCCGCAUCAGCGGCCCUUCCGCGGAGGAUUACAACACGUUCCUCGAGGCCGAGUAUCAGAGCGACGCCGCGAUCGGCGACGGCGGACAGAAUAUAGUGCGGGCCGACGAUGACGCGAGCACAGCGACUCCAGAAGCGGAAAAGAAGCCGAAUCCGAGCGACGACCGUACGCCGGAGAACCACCAGGCCGCAUCGAACAACCGACGCUACGAGGAGGUCGUCUCCGAGAUCGAGCCGGAGGCACGAGCGGAGAUCUUCGAAUUGUUCGCGUCCGGGUCGGCUGGCAAGCGGCUGGAGCGACUUCUCAAGUCGCGGAACAUGAGCAUAGAGGAGCUGAUCGCGUUGCGUCAGCGAGGCUCCAGCAAGGUCCACCUGACGGAGGUGUCUCGGCUGCGAGUGCCCAAGCCGAACCUCCAGGAGACCGUCAGGAUGGACGACGGCCAGAUCGUCAUAUCGCUCUCGCCGGCGAAAGGCUCCGACGAGCGCCUCAACCUCGCGGACUCCCAGGGGGCAGACGUGGUGAGAGAGAACCCGGAGAUCUCGACGAGCCAAGUGAAGCAGGACAUCGUGAGCUAUCUGCACGACCCGUUCUUCGACAGGCACUCGGAAAACACGUCGAUGUCGAGGCUGUUGGGCCUCGUGGAGCGCGACAGGAACGCGUCGUCGAGGAAGCCGCUCGACGCUAACGACGAGGCGAAGAACACCGACGAAUACGCCGAACUGGAGGACUCCCAUCGGACGGUGCACAUCGUUGACCUGUUGACGACCUUCGGUACCGUACCUUUCGCGAAGGAAGUGCAGCGACAGCUCGAACCCGAGAUCAGCGGUGAUGAAGAGCGGCUGUCGGAGACGAGAUCUACCGUGAGCGACGACCACGCGGACAUAGUGCUGAUUAACGAGCAGGAGGAGAGGAUCGUCCGGUCGAACGACUCGACGAGCGAAUUCCGCGCUGGUUUCGUCGAGGAGAUCACGCGAGAGGAGCCGGUGGACCUCAAGACGACCUACGACGACGAGAAAGCGAGCAGUACGAACGACGGGGGCAUUCUCGGCGGCGAGGAGAAGAAGACUCUGUCGAAGGUGAAGCCGAGCAUAAUCGCGAGCGGCGCGAUUCUCGGCGUGACGAUCGUCGUGUUCCUGGCGAUCUUCAUCAUCUGCCGGAUACGGCAGAAGCAGAAGUACACCUAUCGGAACACGUUCUCGCGAGCGGUGUUUCAGGGCCCGAUGUUGGCAGCGCGGAAGCUCUCGAAUUCCAGCAGUCUCAGCACCGUGAUGGUCAACGUCGUCGCCACGUCGACGGCCAAGAGGCCGGCCGAGCGGCCGGAGACGCAGGAGACCUGCUCCGAGGAGCAAGAGUUCGACGGCAAGAGCGACAUAGACAACGACUCGUUGGACGCAAACGACAGCUGGGAGACGAUACCGGAUUACGCGAAGUGACACCCGGCUCGAUACGCUCCGCACGAGCACUCACGUGACUUUAAAUCGAUCAUUGCGCGCCGUUGAAUACCGACAUCUUGCACUCCCGAGAGCUCCCACGCAUAGGAGAUAAGCUAUAUUUAUUUAUAUAUAUAUAUAUAUAUAAUAUAUAUAUAUACAUAUACUAUAUACACGUUUAUACUCUGUAAGCGCUGUAUUUGAUAUAAAAUUUGUAAAUUUUAUACGCUCAAGAUAGCUCGGUGACUCUCCAGUCUCGCUUAGACGAUUCGCAAAAU